UCAUAACCAUGUUCAAUAACCUCAUCAUUUAAAUUCCAAUAAUACAGGGUGCAGAAUACUCGACCUUCCGCUACACCCUCGCAAACAUCAUGUCCAAGCAAGUCACCGAGUUCCAAACCCGCGUCUACGCCCUUCUCCAACAGAUCCCUGAAGGCAAAAUCACCUCGUACGCUGCAAUGGCGAAGGCAUUAGGCAGCUCGCCACGGGCAGUCGGCGGAGCGUUGAGGAACAACCCGUUUGCGCCCGAAGUGCCCUGCCAUCGCUGCAUCGCGAGCACUGGUUACAUCGGCGGAUUCCAGGGCGACUGGCAGAAAGCGCCGAGUGGAGUUAACUGCGAGAAAAAGCUGGGGCUGCUGGAGGGGGAGGGGGUGAAAUUCGACGCCAGGGGGAUGUUGGUGGAUCGGUCGACGUGGUGGAGUGAAUUUAGAGUGUAGGCCAUGUGGUUGGACGUGAAAAGGAAACCAAUGAAUGAGAGAUGGGUUCAAAUGCUGCAGUCAUGAGGGAAAAUUCGUCUGAUUGUCCAUUU